AUGGCACUAGAAGAAGUUGACUAUGAGGCAUUGCCGCCAAACGCUGGGCUCGGUGUGAACAUGCUGGCGGGCGCGUUGGCAGGAAUAUCGGAACAUGCUGUUAUGUAUCCGGUGGACAGUAUCAAAACGCGAAUGCAAGUAUUCGCAACGUCCCCCGUGGCGGUCUACAGUGGUGUCGGCAACGCGCUGACACGUAUAUCUUCAACAGAAGGUGUUCGGGCUUUAUGGCGGGGAGUCUGGUCUGUUGUGAUUGGUGCCGGGCCCGCGCACGCGGUUCAUUUUGGGACGUUGGAAGCUGUAAAAGAGCUUCUGGGAGGAAAUGAAGCGGGAAAUCAGUGGGUUGCUACUUCGAUUGCUGGUGCAUCUGCAACAACAGCUGCAGACGCAUUAAUGAAUCCUUUCGACGUGAUUAAACAAAGAAUGCAAGUUCACCAAUCUCAAUUUCGCUCUGUCUUCAACUGUGCACGUACGGUCUACCAAACGGAGGGCUUGGGAGCCUUUUACGUUUCUUACCCAACGACCUUGGCCAUUUCCAUACCAUUUAACGCAAUACAGUACACCAUCUACGAACAUCUCAAGCGAGUUAUCAAUCCCACACACGAAUAUUCCCCUUCAGCUCAUAUGAUAGCGGGUGCAGGCGCAGGCGCAGUAGCCGCUGCCGUCACCACACCAUUAGAUGUUGCGAAAACUAUGCUUCAGACGAGAGGAACGUCGCAUGAUCCGGAAAUUAAGAAUGUCCGAGGGAUGCUGGAUGCUUUCAGAAUCAUUUGGAAUCGGGAUGGACUUAGAGGGUUCGGAAGAGGUUUGUCACCUCGUGUUAUGACAACCGUUCCCAGUAGCGCGCUGUGUUGGUUAUCUUAUGAAUUUUUCAAGGCUGUCAUUCGCACCGAUUAA